UAAAAAUAAAAAAUAAUGGUUAUUUUAUUUCGCUUUCUUUUUUUAUAAAAAAAAAUUUUCAACGUAUGGGCAAGAAACAAACCACAAGAAAUCAACUCGAUGAUGACUUUGAGAUUGAAGGACAACAGAGAUAUGCUCGAGCAUUAGGUCCCCGAGGUAAUCAUCAGCAUGAAGUUGAAUUUACAGAUGGAUCAAAGACACUGGUGACACUCCCACCUCGUUACCGAAACGUUGUUUGGGUGAAAAGAGGUCAUUAUGUGAUUGUGGAUCCUACAGUGGGUGUCUCUGAGAAAGUGGGUGGUGAAAUUGUCCAUGUGUUGUUUCCCAAGCAUAUCAAGGAUUUAAAAGCAGCAGGAAAAUGGCCUUCUGAAUUCUCGGAUCAAAAAGGAGAAGAAGAAGGUGAAAGUGAAGAUGAUUUAUUUGUAAAUAACAAUCGACCUGUCAUGUCAGACACAGACAGUAGUAGCAGUGAGGAAGAAGACUAAGGAGGCAAUGGAGGCAAUGGGUCUAGAUUAUCCUCUGUUUGAUUGAAUACCAACACAAGAUGAAAUAGAAUAAAAAGUGUGAUAGUCAAUACAGUCAUACUGAUAUUUAACCUGCGCCAUGCUUUCUCAUAUCUAUCUUGACUUUUCCAACAACAACCUAUCCACCACACUGGAGGAAAUAAGAAGCCAAGAAGAAAAAAGGCUGCGUUGACAGGAAAAUGGCGAUGAUUAUCUUUACUUUUGAUGACUAUAUAAUAAGGUAUAGCAAUACUUUGAUAAGGAAGUGGCUGAUUCAUACUAAAGAAAAGAAAAAAGAGAAAAAAAAAGUAUUUUAUUUAUAUAGUCAUAUGAUCAUUGAGAGGGGUAUAGCUUAUUCUUCUUCUUGUUCUUCUUCUUCAUCUUCUUCUGCACCUAAUGUAUCAUAAGCAUAUGUAUUAAUAGGAAAUGAUAGU